GUGAGGGGCCGGAGAGACGAAAUCUUGGUUGGUUGGUUGGUUGGUUGAUGGGGGAAACAGCAAGCUAGGCAUCAUGAGGGUCCCUGAAACACUGAUUUGGACCGCUUUUCUCAUCCAGAAGGUGGUGGGAGAGUACGGCAUGGCUCAUUUCAGUGACAAGGGCAAGAGCAAUGGAAAGGAUUACUGCAUAUUCUUUAACUCACAAUGGGCACGUCUACCUCAGGACCUCAAUAAAGCAUCACGUCUUCAGAUCUAUGACCUGACAACAUCGGUCCUGUGCUUGCCCUCCGACGUCCCGGAGGGAGGCUUCCCAAAUCGCAUCCCCAUGGUGAUGAGAGGCAACUGCACUUUCUAUGAAAAGGUCCGACUGGCCCAGAUUAACGGCGCCAAGGGCCUUCUCAUCGUCAGCAAGGACAGACUGACACCACCAGCAGGAAACAAGACUCAGUAUGAGGAGAUUGACAUUCCUGUAGCACUGCUCAGCUACUCUGAUAUGCUGGACAUAGGCAAGACCUUUGGUAAAGGAAGACUGGUCGCCAUGUACGCACCCAAUGAGCCAGUGUUGGACUACAACAUGGUGAUCAUCUUUUUGAUGGCAGUAGGAACUGUUGCCAUUGGAGGUUACUGGGCUGGCAGCAGAGACCGCAAGAAACGCUACAUGAAGCACAAGCGGGACGACGGUGCGGAGAAGCAGGACGAGGAGACCGUAGAUGUCACCCCCAUCAUGACCUGUGUGUUCGUGGUCAUGUGCUGCAGCAUGCUAGUGCUACUCUACUUCUUCUAUGAUAGUCUGGCCAUUUGGGUCAUAGCCAUCUUCUGUGUGGCCUCCUCUGUCGGCCUCUACAGCUGUCUCUGGCCGUUUGUCAGGAGACUCCCUUUCUGCAAGUGCAGGGUCCCAGAGAACAACUUGCCAUACCUGCACAAACGGCCGCAGAUCCGCAUGUUGCUGCUGUUGGCCCUCUGCAUUGGUGUCAGCAUCACCUGGAUGGUGUUUCGCAAUGAAGACCAGUGGGCGUGGGUGUUACAGGACGCCCUGGGGAUCGCCUUCUGUCUCUACAUGCUCAAAACAGUCAGACUCCCCACAUUUAAGGCUUGCACCUUAUUACUGUCGGUCCUUUUUGUCUAUGAUGUUUUCUUCGUAUUUAUUACACCCUUCUUUACAAAGAGUGGGGAAAGUAUAAUGGUGGAGGUAGCAGCUGGUCCCUCUGACUCCUCCAUGCAUGAAAAGCUUCCAAUGGUGCUCAAAGUGCCAAGGUUAAACUCCUCUCCUCUGGCUCUUUGCGAUCGGCCCUUCUCUCUCCUGGGCUUUGGUGAUAUCUUAGUACCAGGUCUGCUGGUGGCGUACUGUCACAGGUUUGACAUUUUAACACAAUCCUCCAGGAUCUACUUUGUGGCCUGUACGAUCGCUUACGGCAUUGGCCUGCUGAUCACCUUCGUGGCCCUGGCCUUCAUGCAGAUGGGUCAGCCGGCCUUGCUCUACCUGGUGCCUUGCACUCUGCUCACCAGUCUCACUGUAGCACUGUGGCGCAGGGAGUUGCCCCAGUUCUGGACUGGAAGUGGAUUUGUGGCUCCCAUAGUGCUAUCACCAAUCAACUGUACACAAACUGCAGCACCUCAGACAGAGGAUCACUUGACUAAACCGGAGCCGCAAACCACAGAAGAAGAGUCACCCCACUUCCAGCCUCAGGAAACGCCUCCAGCUGAGAAAGAUGGAGAGGAAAACAAAUCAAACUGAAAGGACGUCUAGUAUGGCAUUUUUACAUUUCACUUCAUGUUUUACUUGUUGAGUUUUUCUUUUUCUACACUGUGUCUCAGUCAAUGGACGUUUUCAGUAUGGAUGUUUAUUUGCACUUGGUGCGAGUGGAAGAGCAGAGGAGAUCUUUGCUUCCUGAAUGGCUGGCUCUGUGGGGCGCCAGGAUUGGACACACAAGGUUGAGGCAUUGAAACUGACAAACACACCAAGUAUUAAAACCUGCACAGCAGCCCCAACACCUUCUAUUAUCGGUCUGUACCACCUCUAAAGGGAACAAAAAGCCAAAUCUGGAAGCUACCCAAGCUGUUGAACACUAAAUACUCCCACAACACUAAGCUGAGGCCCUUAACAGCUUUAAAGGCCCAGUCACACCGGUGUUUAAAACUGCAAAAUAUCAAUUAACUUCAAUGGAAUCACUGCGAUUAGCGGAUUUGUUCGCAGGGGCAAUGUAAAUCCACGCUAUUUAUUUUUAUUUUUUUACACUAUACUUUGGUGAGCCACCAUGACUUAACUUGCUCCAUCCAAUCCACUUACAAUUAACCUCCUCUGAUGGAGUAUAAAAUGCUCCACAAAAGAGGCAGGGUUUGCAGACUGUUACAUUGAGCAGCAGCUAUUAGUCGUAGUCGAUCAACAGAAAGUUAACCAGCAUUUAUUUUGAUAAUCAAAUAAUUGUUUUACCCAUUUUUUAGGCCAAAUAUGUGUAGGUUUCAGCUUCUCAAUUAUGAGAAUGUGAAGCUUUUCGGUCUCGUACAUGAAAAUAAACUGAGUAUCUUUGGGUUUUGAACUGUUGAUCAAAAAAAAAACACGACAGACGACAGCCAGGAACUGCAGAUGAAAAUUAGCCUGUAUGGCUAAAUCUUGACACAUUUCCAUGUUGGACUCAGGUGCUCAUGUUAAUGUGCAUUGUCCCAAAUAAACAUGCAAGCAAUUAUAACUGGCAUCACCCAACUGGCAUCUUCUUUUUUUUUUUUUUUUUUUUUUUAAACAAGACCAACAAUUGGAUUAAUAGAGAAUUGGAUAACCCGCAGAUUCAUAACUGUAGGGUUUCCAUUAUUUAUUAGACAGUACAAAUACGAAUUUUGAAUCAAAUGCUUAUUUCCCUCAGUAGUUUUUUAUCAAAUGAAGUGGUGUACUAUCCCAAGAACACAAUGCCAGGGGGAUUUAAUGGCCCAAUAUAGAUACAAUAAAAACAAGCUUAAGGAUAAAUUACUUACUACUACUGUAGCUCACCAGCAGCAGUAGUUUACCAGCUAGCCCUGCAAGUAGUCACCAAGCCUCGAGGACCAAAUAUUUACCUGUGCUGCUUUCUGGUGUGACAGGGCCUUAAAGGUCCCAGUAUUCUUGAAAAGCUUUUCCCAAAAGCACACAAAUACACACACUACAUAACAAGCCAGUAUAGCAGUCUUUAUCCCUCCAUUACAUUAUAAAGUACACCAGUGUCACAAUGUAAUGUACUGCAGUAAUGGCAGGAGAGUUUCUUUAAAAUGUAGUGUUAUGGUUGUUGACUGAGCCAAAACUAUUACUUUUUUUCUUUUUUUUUUACUGAAGCAUUUGUUGAUGUUUUCUCAUCUUACGUUUGGUAUAUUUUGUUUUGCAUGCUAUAAUUUUGAUUUUACCCUUUAUAUAAAACCAGUGUGUAACCUAUAGUGCAGACUGUGUACAUUAUUGGUGGUGCGGGUGUUAAAACGUUGGCAUCGCUGUUUUGCUCCCCUCGGUAGUUAUUCAUGUUGUCUAAAGAGUUGGUUUUUGGCGUUAUCAUGUCCAUGUUGGGAGUUAAAGUAGAAUGUGUCAAGUGUAAAAGUUGCUACGAGUACUGAACUCUAAACGAUGGUGUGCUACAGUUUAAUGUACGAGUUGAGCGAGCGAGAGGUUGUGUUAACCAAUGUACCUGGAUUAGUUUGUUCGAAGCAUUUGCACAAUAUUUUUGAAUUCAUGGGCUGACAGAAGUGGUUGGUUCAUGUCUGUAUAUGUUAAUGUAUAUACUCAAAAGGUUUUAAAAAAUAAAUAAAAGGAAACCAAGGUAUCAAUAUAUCUAAUAUUCACCCUGCUUUUGUUUUGAAAGUCCAUUUCUGACCUGAGGGUUUCAUCUUAAACACCAGAGGCCGGCAGUCACUUCACUCCGUAAACUAGUAUGGAUAUAUAUCUGCUCAUCAUUCAUUUAUGAUGCCCAUUUACCAAAUUCAACACUCCUGUGUAGAAGUCGAGGUCAAAGGUAAUAAUACAUUUUGUCAGAGGGGAAACGAGAACAACUCAGUUGUCUGGAUGUGCUCUCGCUGAUUCAACAGCAAUGUUUUCCAGGACGUGAGAUUAUUCAUUCACCAGCAUAGUUUGUUGUCACCAAGUGGUUUUCAAAGCCUCUGUUGAGGAAUACAUAUAAUAAAGAAACAUUGUAAUUGA